CCGAAGAAGCUAAAGGAAGAGUCUCCGUUCAACAUCAAAAUUCAAAAUAUUGUGUUUAUUAAACUCAAUUUUAACCGAGAAACAUGAGUUUACUUCGCUGUCCUUUCUUGGCUCGUCAGCCUAUGUCCGUUCUUCGUACUAAGAGUGCCUAUAUGAUGAAUUUCGCUCGGAACUGUCCGAUUAUGUCAAAGGUUUUGAGUUCCCUUCACCCGACAAGUGCUCAAAUGCACACAUCAGGUGUAAAAGCUACUGACUCUGGUUCUCGAGAUGGAGGAGCAAAUUUUGAAAAGUGUCCAUUUUUGGUUGAUUCUGGCCUUAAGAUCCAGAAACCUAAUGAAGAAGUACUGAAAGAUAUUCUUAUUGAGAAAGAAGAUCAGGGAAUGUUUCAGGUGGCAGAAGACAAACCUGCUGCUUUUCAAGAAAAUGCAAAGAAAUGUCCAUUUUCCUCAAAACCUGUUGCUGAUUCAAAAGAUGUUCCUAAACAACCAGGAAAUUCAUUUGGUUAUGAGAGUUUCUUUGAUAAGAAGAUCUUUGAAAAAAAGCAGGAUCAGUCGUAUCGUGUGUUUAACAAGGUGAAUCGUCUGGCUAAGAAAUUUCCUUAUGGGCAAUCCUAUAGCCAUGGCAAGAAUGGUGAUGAGAUAUCUGUGUGGUGUAGCAAUGAUUAUCUUGGAAUUGGACAUCAUCCUAAAGUUAUGGAGGCUGUUAGAGAAACAAUGGAUGAGUAUGGUGUAGGAGCUGGUGGAACUCGGAAUAUUUCUGGGAACAGCAAAUUUCAUGGAAUGUUGGAGGAACGUCUGGCCAAACUGCAUCAAAAAGAAGCUGGUCUAGUAUUUACCUCGUGUUAUGUUGCAAAUGAUACAACUUUGUUUACGUUAGGAAAGCUCCUACCAGGUUGUCACAUCUUUUCCGAUGCUGGUAAUCAUGCCUCCAUGAUCCAGGGUAUCCGGAACAGUGGUGCAAAGAAACAUGUCUUCCGCCACAACGACCCCGCUCAUCUCGAAGAAUUGCUUCGCAAGGUUGAUCCUGAUCUGCCCAAGAUUGUAGCAUUUGAAACCGUUCAUUCAAUGGAUGGAUCUAUUUGUCCCUUGGAAGAACUUUGUGAUGUUGCUCACAAAUAUGGAGCUUUGACCUUUGUUGAUGAGGUGCAUGCAGUUGGCAUGUACGGAGCACAUGGUGCAGGCGUGGGGGAAGAACGUCAGCUGCUUGACCGAAUGGACAUAAUCACCGGCACCCUUGGGAAAGCGUUCGGACUUAUCGGUGGUUACAUCGUAGGUUCCGCGAAGCUAGUCGACACUGUCCGAAGUUAUGGUUCGGGAUUUAUUUUCACCACUUCGUUACCUCCGAUGAUUGUCCGAGGAGCUAUCACUUCAAUUGAUGUUCUCGCGGGCGAGGAUGGAGUCCGGCUGAGGAAAGCCCAUCAAAAGAAUGCGAAAAUGUUGCGUAAUCGUAUCAUUCAAGCUGGAAUACCUGUGAUUUAUGCCCCAAGCCAUAUUAUUCCUGUACAUGUUGGUGAUCCGGAGAAGUGUACACAAGUCUCAAACGACCUCAUGAAGCAGUACAACAUCUACGUCCAAGCUAUCAACUACCCGACUGUCGCCCGCGGUGAGGAACGUCUGCGGAUUGCACCGACUCCACAUCACACUCCUGAGAUGAUGGAUGAGUUCGUCGAAGCAUUAGUUCAAAUUUGGCAGGCUAACGAUCUUCCUUUCGUCUGGCCCGUGUGCAACAAUUCCUGUGGUUGUCAGGCCCAGUGUGACACAGCCAAACAAGAAGGUCUCAUCUCGGAGCAUUACGCCUUACCCUUGGUCGGGACAGCUUGAGAUGCUAAAAUUUUAACUCAUCGAUGACUGUGCAUUUUGUGCAUUUUAUCGUCGAUAAUAUGUGGAAAAAAUCCGAAAAUGUAGACUAGAAUGGAAUGUAGUAUAGUUUUGAAACUUUCAAUGGAACUAAUAAACAUACGCGUUAUUGAA